AUGAUUGUUAUUUCUCGCGAGGAAGCAGUAUGUUUGUUUUAUGCUGUGCCAUACAAUGAAGAGAAUGUUAGAAAAUAUACCAAGAUCAUCGAUGAAUUAGAAGAUGUAGAAAUAUGCUUUACAAGAAACCCUAAGAAACCAAAACUUUUGUGCACAAGAGAUAAAGAAACACAUGAUGUUGUCAAUACGAAUAAUAAAAUAAUGCUUGGUACGUAUUCAGAAGUAUUUUUUUUGCCUUCAAUGACUAAGCUUAUCCUUUUUAUAGAGUCCAAACAGCAGCUAAAACAGUUCUUAGAUACUGCGUAUCUACCAAUGGACCCCAAAUCAAUAUCGUAUGAAUUAAGAUAUUUGUCAAUUGAUGAUAUCAUGUCAGAGAUACAGAACUACAGUUUAGCUUUUCAAGACGAACCUUGUAGCAAAUUCAGAGUAUGGUGCACCUCACAAAAAUUGAAGUGUUUGGAUGCGGGGGUUAAGAGAAAACAUGGAAAGCUAGGGACAAGAUUAUCAUUAAGAGGCAUAUAUGUAUUAAAAGACCACUUUAAAGGUAAGUAACGGGUUUAUUAUUAUCACUAUUACAGUAUUAAUAAUUAUCACAUCGUAGAUGCAUUAUCGGCAUAUAUUGCUACACUACCUGAAAGAUAUAAAGAAUA